AUGUGGCUUUGCAACCGGAGCGCAGAAAUUUCUGACUUUUUUGAUACCUUAUUUCUGAGUCAAUUUGUGACUUUCCCUACUAGAGAAAAUAGCAUCUUGAUAUCAUACUAUCGGAUCAACAGAAUAUUUCCAAUGUGUCCCCUCAUGCUCCCUUGUCAAACUCGGAUCACAAUAAGAGAUUUCAAAAACGCGGAUAAUGACAAAAUUGUUCAUGCUCUUACUAGUAUCGACUGGUGGAGUGUCUUUGACUCUUAUGUUGACAUUGAUGAUGUUUAUUCCCGGUUUAUUGCCAUCCUUCACGAAAUCAUCGAUCGCCAUGUACCCCUCGAACAGUUUGAGAGACACUCCUCUAAGCCUUCUAAAAGCCCGUUGUUUAGAAAAGUAACAAAAGAACUGGAAUUUCAUAUAAAGCGCUUCCUAACUUACAAGGUUAAGAAAAUGGCAGCAUGUAAACAUAUGAAAAGGCUUUAUGAAUACAUAAAUAAGGUGAAAAAAUCGCCUAACUUGCACAAGGUCCUUGAGGACUCGGAAGGCAUCAAGUAUACCACAGAUAGUGCCAAGGCAGAGGCGUUAGCGGAUUACUUUGCAAGUGUAUUUGAAAAGUCACCUUUAUUUACACCCACUCUGCCAAGCCUCUCUUCAACCCACUUUGAACUACCAACUGUAUCGUAUCGAAAGGUGCUCAGAUCUCUCCGCGCGCUGAAGCCGUCGUUGUCGCCAACAGCGGACGGGGUACCCCAAUUCUUCUUCAAGCAAUUUUCUGAGUAUCUUGCAGUCCCUGUCACCCAUGUUCUCAAUAUGUCCUUGAUGCUGGGUCAAGUUCCUAAAAUUUGGAAAACUCUUAUGUCACACCCAUACCUAAAACAGGGAACGCACGCCUCAUUUCCAACUUCAGGCCGAUAA